CAUACCGCUCAUCACAAUAAUUCAUCAGAAAUCAGGCAAGAAGUAAAAGUGUACCAAAUUAUCAUUAGCAUGGCCUCUCAAAAAAUAGCUCGUAUGUGUGGACUGUUCACUGGACUGGCGAUGUCUUCGGUUGACGCCAAGGGACUGUCACUGUCCCCCGUAGUACAUGCCAUGGACCAGAGGCCGUCAUUCGAUGCCGAGGAACUCUCGUCGUCCACGGAGGGCAGCUUUGUGGCCCCCUACAAGUGCAAUUUGGCCAUUCAGCGUGGCUUCUACUUCUCUCUCCGUAUGCCCGACUGGGCCUCCCAGUUCAAGAGGCAAACCCACGACAUCCUGGCCACAACAAUGCAAGAACCCAUUGCGUUGCCAAAGGAGAAAGAGGGUAGCUCUUCGAGCUCUCAGAAGAAGCUGCGAGGAUGCUUCUAUGAGGAGCCACUGGAUUCAAAAAACAGCAUUCCCCGAGAGGACAGCAAGCAAAUCCGAACGCCCAAGAUCAAAGACGACAUAACAUGCGGCAAACGUGUGCCCGUCUAGAUGGCCACCCUUUACCCUUCAUCCUUAAUCCAAAUUCACAAUAAAAUAGAAAUUUCGAAACAAGAUUUUGGGCCAGGAUGAUUA